AUGAACGAGCCAAUCGCAGUCGUGGGUAGCGGUUGUCGCUUUCCAGGAGGCGCUAGCUCACCCUCUGCUCUAUGGAAGCUGCUUGAGCAUCCUCGAGAUGUAUGCCAGGAAAUUCCCCCCGACCGUUUCAAUACUACGGGCUUCUAUCAUCAGGAUGGUGCCAGGCAUGGCGCAACAAAUGUGAAACAUACCUAUUUCUUGCAGGAAGAUGUACGGGUAUUUGAUGCUGCAUUCUUCAAUAUCAGCCCUAACGAGGCGGACUCGAUCGACCCGCAACAACGUCUGCUCUUGGAAACGGUGUAUGAAGCCCUCGAAGGUGGUGGUCAUACACUCGAAGCUUUGCGUGCUUCCGAUACGGCUGUUUAUGUUGGUACGAUGGGCGUCGACUAUCACGAGACACUACUUCGAGACCUCAAUACUAUCCCAACCUAUUUUGCCACCGGAACUAAUCGUGCUAUCAUAUCGAACCGAGUCUCUUACUUCUUCGAUUGGCAUGGGCCGAGCAUGACCAUCGACACGGCCUGUUCCUCUAGCAUGAUUGCCGUACACCAGGGAGUCCAGACACUACGAAACCGCGAGUCACGGGUCGCCGUGGUGUGUGGCACGCAAGUUAUUCUGGGACAUGAGAUGUACAUUGUCGAGAGCAAGCUGAAAAUGCUCUCUCCGACCGGUCGAUCACGCAUGUGGGAUGCCGAUGCCGAUGGCUACGCUCGUGGUGAGGGCGUCGCCGCCCUUGUGCUGAAAAGAUUGAGUGAUGCGAUUGCGAAUGGUGAUCAUAUUGAAUGUGUGAUUCGCGAAACUGGCGCCAACCAGGAUGGAUUCUCAAGCGGCAUCACGGUGCCCAACACGGACGCCCAGACCGCCUUGAUCCGCCAGACAUACGCGAAAGCCGGCUUAGAUCCUGUCAACAACCCCGACCACCGUCCUCAAUUCUUCGAGGCACAUGGAACGGGCACUCAAGCAGGAGAUCCCAAGGAGGCCGCCGCUAUUUAUGAGGCUUUCGGUCAGCACAUCGAUGCCGGCGCCACCCCUCUUUACGUAGGGUCUGUGAAGACCGUCAUAGGUCAUCUAGAGGGUGCUGCUGGUCUAGCAGGUGUUCUCAAGGGUAUUAGUAGUAUUCGAAAUGGGUCAAUCCCUCCGAAUCUACUUUUCAAUCGCCUGAACCCACGCGUGGAGCCCUAUUACAAAAACCUACAUAUACCCACUGAGCUGACACCCUGGCCGACACUGCCUCGAGGUGUUCCCCGGCGUGUUAGUGUGAACAGCUUUGGUUUUGGUGGUGCCAAUGCCCAUGCUAUCUUGGAAGAGCAUGUGCCAUUGGUUGCUCGCCCCAAGGAAGACCCUUCGAAGUCAUCAUCACUCACGCCGUUUGUAUUUUCAGCUUUAUCAGAGCAAUCCUUGGUCGCCCUUCUGGAGCAGUAUUCCCAGUAUUUAACCGCCCACCGAGAUGAACUCGAUGCCUCCGAUCUAGCGUGGACUCUGUAUUCGCGUAGAAGCCAGUUGCCCGUCAAAACAGCCUUCUCCGCGCGUACCAUCCAGCAGCUGAUUCAGAAGAUUGACAGCAAGCUUGCGGCUGCUAAGGAAAAUGCCACCGCAACUAUUGGCAUCCGCUCUAGCGGUAAGCCCGCAACGCCUCGCAUCCUGGGCGUCUUCACUGGCCAAGGUGCCCAGUGGCCAGCCAUGGGUGCUGCUUUGAUUCGUUCCUCUCAAUUUGUACGUGACACAAUCCAGCGACUUGAAGAAUCCUUGGCCACAAUUCCGCCUGCCGAUCGGCCAGAGUGGCGGCUUACAGACGCGAUCCUCGCUGGAGCAGAUACCUCCCGGAUCGCCGAGGCAGCAGUAUCGCAACCAUUAUGUACCGCAAUCCAGAUCGUGCUUGUCGACCUUCUUCAAUCAGCUGGCCUUACCUUUGCAUCUGUUGUCGGACACUCCUCAGGCGAGAUCGCCGCGGCAUAUGCCGCUGGUUUCAUCUCCGCCCAUGAUGCUAUCCGCAUUGCGUACUACCGUGGAUUCUAUGCUCGACUUGCUAUUAAUGAUAAUAAUGGCCAGAAAGGCGCGAUGCUUGCGGUUGGAACGUCCUUGGAGGAUGCACAGGAGCUGCUUAGCUUGCAAGCUUUCACUGGUCGGCUGGGUCUCGCCGCCCACAAUUCUCCAGCUAGCGUGACGUUGUCAGGGGAUGCCGAUGCCGUGAUUCAGGCAAAGAAGGUGUUCGAUGAGGAAAAGAAGUUUGCAAGACUGUUGAAAGUCGACACCGCCUAUCAUUCUCACCAUAUGUUACGAUGUGGUGAUCCUUAUGUUGCCGCCCUGCGAGCUUGCGGGAUCCGAAUCAACCGGGACCGAAACAGCACCUGCAAGUGGUUCUCGAGCGUGAGUCCAAGAGCGGAAGCAAUGGAAGCUAUCCCGGAGCUGCAGGAUAUCUAUUGGAGGGAUAACAUGGUCAAUACCGUGCUGUUCGCAGAUGCAGUCAACAAUGCCGUUACUGGCGAUGAGCAAAUCAACGUCGCUGUUGAAGUUGGCCCUCACCCAGCCCUCCAAGGCCCAGCUAGCCAGAAUAUUGCCGAAGUACGCCUCAGUGCCUUGCCAUAUACCGGCCUCCUAAGUCGUGGAAAGGAUGACGUCGAAGCUCUCUCCGAUGCUUUCGGCUUUAUCUGGACCAUUCUUGGCGGCAAGGGAAUUGACUUGCAGGCUUACGAAAAUACAUUGACCGGAAACCUACAUCCCCACGGGCUAGUGGUUGGUCUCCCAUCCUAUCAAUGGAACCACGGACGAGUCCACUGGACGGAAUCUCGUAAAUCACGAAAGAUUCGUGGUCGAAAGCAGGCUCCACAUGAACUACUCGGUUCUUUGUGUCCAGACUCCAAUCCCCACGAUAUGCGUUGGUCAAAUUUGCUCAAGGUUUCAGAGAUUCCGUGGCUUGAAGGUCAUCAGCUGCAAGGUCAAACCGUCUUCCCUGCUGCCGGUUAUGUCGCUAUGGCCCUCGAGGCGUGCCGGAACCUUGCGACGGAGAAACCGGUUGAGCUGUUUGAACUCCACGAUCUUUCCAUUCCGAAAGCCAUUACCUUCGAGGAAGGCGAUACUUUGGGUGUCGAAACUCUUGUUACGCUGACCGGGAUCGAGCACCGCCAGGAUAAGACUGCCACUGCCGACUUUUCAAUUUAUUCUUGCCCCAAUGUCAGCGUUGGUUCAGAUCACGACAUGGAGCUCAUGGCGAGCGGCACGGUCAAAAUCUCGUUUGGCACACCUGACAUUGAAGCAUUGUUCUGCACUCCAGUAGAUGAUUACAACAUGAGCGCAGUUGACCCGGAUCGCUUCUAUGCCGCUCUCUCCAAGUUAGGAUACGGCUAUUCCGGCUCAUUUCGAGGAAUGUCUUCGAUGAAACGUCGACUAACCCAGUCUUCUGCCCUGGUGGACACAUACCCUUAUGCCGAUAGCGAUUCAACUUUCUAUCUCGUCCAUCCCAGCAUGCUUGAUGUCGCAUUCCAAUCCUCCAUGCUGGCAUACUCGGCCCCAGGGGAUGAACAUCUCUGGUCUCUCCAUGUUCCUACCGCCAUUCGGAGCAUUCGCGUCAAUCCAGAAAUUUGUGCAUCGCUUCCAAUCUCUGGCACCAAAGUGCCAGUAACUGCGUCCCUCAAUGGGGAAUCCGAGUCUUUCUCUGCAAGCAUCGACAUUUUCGGCGAAGACGGUCAUCAAAGCAUGAUUCAUGUAGAUGACCUUGUUAUCAAGCCUUUUGCCCCUGCGAGAGAGGCGGACGAUCGGCGACUAUUUUCGUACACAAAGUUCAGUCAUGCGUCUCCCGAUGGCUCCUCCAUUUUGAACUCGAUCCGUCCCACAGAGGCCGAAGUUGAACUAGCUACAGCGUGCGAGAGGAUCUCGUAUUACUAUGUUCGCAAGUGGAAGUUGGAAAUCACAGAUGACGAAUGGGCAAACGGCCAACCCCACCAUUCUUAUCUUCGUGGUUUUGUGGACCACACACUCGCUGGCGCGGGAAGGGGACAGCAUCCAACCUUGAAGAAGGAAUGGGCGGACGACACUUCGGAAGACAUCCAGAAACUGAUUGCCCACCACGCCAAUGAUAUCGAUGUUCAACUCCUCUCAGCAGUCGGAGACAAUAUCCCAGCUGCUGUGCGAGGCCGAACAACGAUUCUGGAGCACAUGUUGCCGAACGGCAUGCUGGAUAACUUCUAUCGGCACGGACUAGGGUUCUCAAGGUACAACAUGUUUCUGGCAGAUAUGAUGAAGCAGGUGGUCCACCGAUACCCGCAUGCAAGGAUUCUUGAGAUAGGUGCCGGAACAGGUGGAGCUACAAAGUCCGUCCUUGAAGCGGUUGGGGGCACCAUGUCCUCAUAUACUUACACCGAUAUAUCAGUGGGCUUUUUCCCAAGAGCCUCGGAGAUCUUCAAGGAAUACAAUGAUCGGAUGACGUUCAAAGUUCUAGAUGCCGAGAAAACACCGGCGAGCCAGGGAUAUGAGGAGAACUCAUACGACAUUGUCAUCGCUUCCAACGUCUUGCAUGCGACAGCCAAUCUCCAGAGGACCCUGGAAAACACGCGCCGACUUCUGAAGCCAGGCGGAUACCUUAUGCUCCUGGAAAUUACGGAUAAUGAUCCCAUUCGGUGCAGCACCAUCAUGGGUGGUCUUCCAGGGUGGUGGCUUGGUGUUGACGACGGCCGCAGAUAUGCGCCCACUGCUUCUCCUUCGGUCUGGCACAAAACACUGCGCAAAGCUGGAUUUGGGGGUAUAGAUGCAAUCACUCCCAAGGUUGACGGCCCAGCCUGGCCUUUCUCCAUCAUUGCCAGUCAGGCUGUGAAUGACCAAGUUAUGUUCCUUCGACGACCGCUUUCAUUGCCCUCUUCUCCCAUCGCCAUCCAGAGCUUGGUUAUAUUGGGAACCGAGAGCUUGGAAACUGAUCGGAUUGCUGAGGAAGUUGCGGACAGCCUCGGACGCUUCUCCGGCAAAACAACUGUCCUUAAUGGACUGCCCAGUGAAGCCGAGGCGCGAACAAUUGAUGAUCAGAGUACAUUCAUCAACCUGGUAGAUUUGGAUUUCCCGAUUUUCAGAAAUAUCACGUCGGAGAAGAUGAAUGGGCUGAAACGAAUGUUUGAACGGGCGAGACACGUGCUUUGGGUAACCCGUGGUGCCCUGGUGGAAGAGCCGUAUCAUAUGGCCAGCUCAGCCUUUAGCCGCUCUAUCCGGAAUGAGGCAACACAUAUCAGCUUGAACCACCUCGACAUCUCUUUCCUUGACGAAAACAGUCCGAAACUCAUUGCGGAGCAACUUCUGCGGCAAUGUGCCCUCGAGGAAUGGGAGCACCAGAAGCUUCUGUGGACCAAGGAACCAGAGACCUUCCUGGAAAACGGAAAACUGAAGAUCCCUCGCCUUUUGCACGACGUGGAAAGGAAUGCCAGAUUGAAUUCCUCAAGGCGUCCCAUCACCAAGACAGUUUCGGUCGCAGAUUCCAAGUUCUCUAUCGAGCAGAGUGCAACAUCUCCUCUUGCUCUAGUGGAUGACGCCACUUCUGUUGCAAUGAAGGACGAUCAGCAAUCUAUCCAAGUUGAAACUUCAGGUUUGAUGGCAUUACAUGUUGCAUCUGGUGCAUUCUUGUUCCUGGCGACCAGCAAAUCUGAUGCAGAUACGCGCAUUGUGGUUGCGUUGUCAACGACAAACUCAUCGACGGCGACACCUGUCGCAUCCACCACUGCAGUUGUUGACACAGUCAAUACCUCUUCGGUCUGUUUGCACAUCGCAAUUACGGCCGAACUUCUCGCCACGUCAUUGGUUGACAGCCUACCUGCGGGAAGCAGUCUCCUGGUUUGCUGCUCCGAGAGAUACCGGUUCCUCGUCGCUGCUCUAUCACGAAGACUUGCGGGAGGUAACGAUCUCACUGUCACCUUUUUAUCUGACACUAAAGAGAGCCAAGGCGCAUCAGAAUCAUCAUGGAUCCGGUUGACUGCUCGAACAUCCAGACAGGUGGUCCGGAAAACGGUGCUUCGCUUGAAACCCACUCAUUUCCUCGAUUUGACAGCAGAUUCGACCAUUCCUCCAAGCUACCUUAGUCUGAACAUUUCAGAAACCUUGUCCCCAGGAUGCAAGCAGAUUGCACAAUCAGAUUUGUUACAACAACAGGCUGUGCUUCCCCUAUCACUUGACCAAGAACAGCUCGAGCUCCUACUAGCAGAUGCCGUCGCUCGUGCAACAACAUCGGCGGUAUCUAUCAGUCCAGACAGUUUGCAGGAUAUUGUCAUUGAUGUCAGCCAAAUCUCGUCUCGGUCAGCACCUCACCAUCCAACGACUGUCGUUGACUGGACCGUACGUGCAGGUGUCAAGGCCGAGGUACGUCCCCUGGACGCCCGAAAGCUCUUUUCUCAGGACAAGACAUACAUCCUCUUUGGUCUCAGCAGUCAGCUCGGACAGUCGCUUUGCGACUGGAUGGUUGCUAACGGAGCGGGCGUUGUGUGCCUUACAAGUCGUAAGCCUAAGAUUGACCAGAGAUGGUUGGACUCGUUCCAGCAGACCAAGGCGACUGUCAAGGUGUUCGCGAUGGACGUGACCGACAAAGACAGCGUGGCGAAUAUCGUGAAGACCAUCCGUCUCACUUGUCCCCCGAUCGCUGGAGUCACCAACGGAGCUAUGGUACUCAGUGACGCCCUAUUCACAGGAAUGACGUUUGAGGCUAUGCGAGACGUGCUCCAGCCUAAGAUCGACGGAUCCUACAACCUAGACCAGGAGUUCUAUCAAGAUGAGCUUGACUUCUUUGUCCUGUUUUCUUCUGGUGCUUGUGUUGUUGGUAAUUCGGGCCAGGCCAACUAUGCGGCAGCCAAUGGAUACCUGAAUGGUCUGGCCAGACACAGGCGCAGACGCGGCCUGCGUGCCUCGACAUUUGACAUUGGCCUUGUGGCUGGUAUUGGAUACGUCGAGAGUGCCGCUCAACAUGUCGUUGAUCAGCUGGGGAAAUAUGGUAUGACUGUCCUCUCUGAGUCGGAUUUCCGCCGCGCCUUUGCGGAGACUAUCCUCGCUGGAUAUGUGAGCGCGCAAGAUAAGGAAAACUUCCCUGACGCAGUUCUGACAACCGGUAUUCGAACCAUGACGGACGACGAGACCAACGUGGUUUGGUAUGCCAACCCUGUCUUCUCUCACUGCAUCCUGCACGCCAAGGCUUCCGAGACCGAUGCGAAUAAUGAGAGUGAAACGAAGGCCAAAGCUCUCCCUGUCACAGAGCAGCUACUGCGGUCGGCAAAUAAGGAGGAAGCUCUCGAGCUGCUGCAGGAGUCAUUUUCAGCGAAGCUACGUGUCAUUCUGCAGAUCGAUGACCAAAAAAUCGAGUAUGACGCCCCUCUAGUUGAUCUCGGAAUUGACUCACUCGUCGCUGUUGAAGUGCGGUCAUGGUUCCUGAAGGAGCUUAAGGUCGAUGUCCCGGUGCUGAAGAUUGUUGGCGGAGCCACUUUGGUUGAGAUUUGUGAACAAGUCAUGAAAAAGCUACCCGAGCAACUUGUAGUUAAGAUUGAGACCGGGAAUACUGUUGCAGCCCCUGCGAAGUCUGUUUCGAAGUCUUUACCCGUGCCAUCAUCGUCGGUAUCUUCAGCACCCUCUCCUUCAUCAGCAAAUAGUUCUACCUCAGGGUGCGAGGCAACUCCUGGAACAGAAACCCCAAAAAGUGGAGGCACAUCUGACUCUCCUCUUACGCAGGCGCUGACAAGCAUGGAGGACUCUACGAAAGCCAGCACUGCGUCUCCUGCUCCAAUUCCUCCCGCCCUCGACUUCGUGAAGAGUGAACCCAUCUCACUCGGGCAAUCACGAUUCUGGUUUCUCCAACGCCUCGUCACGGACAUGACCACAUUCAAUGUCACCUUCUACUUUAUGAUGACUGGUCACAUUCGCGUCGGGCACCUUGAGCGCGCCGUUCAAGCUGUCACGGCAAGACACGAAGCACUCCGUACAUGCUUUAUUGGAUCAGACACCGAGCCAGACGUAGCUUAUCAGAACGUCAUGGCUGAUUCUCAGAUUAAGCUGGAGCGCAAGAAUAUCAAAAAGGCUGAGGAUGUUGCCGCCGAGUAUGCUAAGUUACGCGCUCACCAGUUUGAUCUUGCCAGUGGCAAGUUGCUACGACUUAUUCUCCUGACUUUGUCGCCGACUUGCCAUUAUCUUUUGGUCAACUACCAUCAUAUUGUUAUGGAUGGCGCUAGCUUCCAAGUUUUCAUAUCUGACCUGGAAAAGGCUUACAAUGGCCAAGCUCUCGGUUCUGCACCCCGGCAAUAUCCUGACUUUGCGGCAGCUCAACACAAAGCCUUAGAGAACGGGCAAAUGAGUGAUGAACUCAAUUACUGGCAUAGUGUUUUCCCCGCUACCGAGGAGCCACCGGUCUUGCCACUGCUGCCUAUGGCUCGGACUACUUCCAGAGUGGGCAUCACAAAUUACAAGGUUCACCAGGUUGAUACCCAGCUAGGAACAGAGGUACUUGCGAGAAUCAAGUCGAUAUCCAAGACGCAGCGAUCAACACCCUUCCACUUCUUCAUGGCAGCGUUCAAGGCGAUGCUAUUCUCCUUCACUGACGCCCAGGAGUUGACUAUCGGCAUUGCAGAUGCCAAUCGCAAUGACAGUGAUGUAAUUAACAGCAUUGGCUUCUUCCUCAAUUUGCUCACCCUUAAGUUCCAUCGCCAGCCCGACCAAAGUUUUGCCGACGCUAUUUUGGAGGCUCGCACAACCGCCUAUGCAGCGCUGGAGCACUCGCGACUGCCAUUCGAUGUGCUUCUCCAGAAGCUCAACGUUUCUCGGUCUUCGUCCUACAGUCCCUUUUUCCAGGCAUUUUUUGACUACCGACAAACGCCUCGAGAGAAACAACGUCUUUGCAACUGCAUAUUCGACUUGCAAGAGGCACACCCGGGAAGAUCAGCAUAUGACAUUGCCUUGGAUGUGACGGACAAUACCACCAACGCCCAUGUUGUACUUCGAGUGCAGAAAGGGCUUUACGACAAGACGGCAGCAGAUCUGCUACUGGAGACAUAUAUCCAAUUUAUCACCGUUCUGUCUGAGGACAUUUCUCUCCGAUUGAAGGACACCCCGCUCUUUAGUGAAAAGCAGCUUGCUCAUGGUGUUACAGUUGGCCGCGGCCCGGACAUGCUCUCAGAUUGGCCGCCAACGCUACCCCAUCGCAUAGAUCAAAUCGCCCAAGAAAAUCCCAACAAGACUGCUUUAAUGGACGGUCACGGUAGCAGUCUCACAUACAAGGCAAUGAUGGAUCGUGCUCAAGCCAUUGCUGAGGCUCUCUUAUCUGCUGGAGCUGGCCCAUCCUGCCGGAUCCUCGUUUUCCAACGAGCUUCGGCAGACUGGGUCUGCUCUAUGUUGGCAAUCAUGCGCAUUGGAGGUAUAUAUGUGCCGCUGGAUCUUCGAAACCCCAUUUCACGUCUCUCAUCCCUAGCAAAGGACUGCAAGCCCACUGCCAUCUUGGUGGACGGUAGUUCCUCGGGAGAUGACGUUUCCCAGCUCAAUGUUGCUCUCACAAUCGACAUAUCUCGUGUACCAGCGACACCGUCGGCGCCCGUCACCAACCGCGCACAACCCGACUCGCCAGCGGCUAUUCUGUAUACCAGUGGCUCGACUGGUACCCCCAAGGGCAUCAUGGUCAAACAUUCCGGUAUUCGAAAUGAGAUGGAAGGUUAUAACAAGACCUACAAUCUUGGAGCGGAACGAGUCAUACAACAGAGUGCCUUUACCUUUGACUUUUCUGUUGAUCAGAUCUUCACAGGCCUUGUGAACGGCGGCCUGGUCUAUAUUGUGCCAUGGAGCAAACGUGGCGAUCCAAUUUCAAUUACGGAAAUUAUCCGCGACCACGCUAUCACGUACACGAAGGUCACUCCCUCGGAGUACUCGCUUUGGAUGCAGUACGGCGCGAAGAAUCUAUGUCAGGCAACCAGCUGGCAGUUUGCGUUUGGCGGUGGUGAGCCGUUGACCAAAACUGUUCUCCGACAAUUUGCCGACCUAGGUCUGCCACAGCUGCGUGUUCACAACUCGUACGGUCCAGCUGAAAUCUCUAUUGCAUCCCAUAAAAUGGAGAUCGAAUACCGUUUGCAUGGACCUGAAGAAGAGGGACCUGUCUCAUGUGGCUACUCUCUCCCUAACUACACCACUUACGUUCUGGACAAGAACUUGCGGCGAUUGCCAGUUGGUAUGCCCGGGGAGGUGGUGAUCGGCGGUGCCGGUGUGUCUGCAGGUUAUUUGAACAAUAAGGAGCUGACUGCCCAUCACUUCGUGCCAAAUCCUUAUGCAACUCCAGAGUAUGUGUCCAAUGGCUGGACACUGAUGCAUCGCACUGGCGAUAUUGGCCAUUUGCAACAUGAUGGGUGCUUAAUUUUCCGAAAUCGCAUGGCGGGCGAUACACAAGUCAAGAUCCGCGGCCUACGCAUUGAGCUGCGUGACAUCGAAACCAAUAUUAUUCAAACUGCCGGCGGUGCUCUCAAAGAAGCCAUUGUCACCCUGCGACCAGGUGAUCCUGAAUUCCUCGUCGCACAUGUCGUUUUUGCCCCGCAGCAUGACGUGAGGAGCAAGAAUACUUUCCUGGAACACCUGCUCGGUCGUCUUCCAAUUCCUCAAUACAUGAUUCCUGUCCUCGCAAUCCCGUUGGACGAACUUCCUCUGACUAGCCACCACAAGGUGGAUCGGAGUGCAGUCAAAAACUUGGCUCUUCCUGAGCGAGGUGCAGUUAAUACUCACGAUGAAGGAAAGCUAACUGAAACAAUGGUCCAACUGAGACGAGUUUGGCGACAGGCCCUGGGGAAGAGUCAUGAGAAACUCGGGCUUUCCAUCACUCCUUCAACCAGCUUCUUCUUGAUCGGUGGAAACUCCCUUCUAGCAAUUCGACUUCAGAGCCAGAUACGCUCAACCUUUAACGUUGUCAUCCGUCUUGUCGACCUUCUCAAUGCGAACACGCUCGGACAAAUGGCAAGAGAAAUCGAAAGCAGCCCCAACGUUGGGCGCAUUGACUGGGACCUGGAGACCGCUCCACCACCUAUUCCUGAGUUCCUUGUCGAUGCUGCUGGUGCUCUCUCGGCUGUAUCUGAUAAAGAGAAAGGCACCAAGUCGGUACUGAUUACUGGUGUCACUGGUUACAUUGGACGCCACCUUCUCCCAUUGCUGUCCGAACAACCCAGCGUUCACAUGAUUCACUGUGUCGCUGUGCGAGACAAGACCUGUAAUAAACUGAGUAAGCUGAUUAGUUCAGCCAAGAUUAAAAUCCAUGGAGGUGAUCUCUCCGAGCCGCUACUGGGGCUGACAGAGGACGAGUUCCGACGCUUGUCUGGCGACGUUGACGUGAUUCUACAUCUUGGCGCCGUACGCUCAUUUUGGGAUAAUUACAACAUCCUUCGUCCAAGCAAUGUACACCCGACUACGGAGCUAGUCAAACUGGCUGCCACACGCCGAAUCCCCAUUCAUUUCAUCUCAACUUCAAGCGUUUUGGGCGUCUCUGCGACCGUCCAAACUGCCGUUUCAGCUGCCUCUCAAGAGCCACCAACUGAUGGCACUCAUGGCUACAUUGCAACAAAGUGGGCGAGCGAGCGUAUUCUCGAGCGUUCAUCCCGGAAACUGGGCGUCCCGUCAUUUAUCCACCGCUUCCACCCGUCUUUCCAGCCGCAGACAAGCGAAGCGAAACAUGCGGUAUUGGAUGAAUUUGUUCGCUGCAUCGACCUUGCCGGCGCAGUGCCUGAUACCACUGGCUGGGACGGCCACAUUGACUUGGUUCCCGUUCAGCAGCUUUGCAAAUGGCUAUGUGAAUCUAUUUUAUCUGAGCGCCCAGGAGCUACAAACGCUGCUAGUACUGCCAUGUGCUCAAAUAUCCAGUUCACUCACUAUGAGAGCCCCAUCAGGAUUGAAGUUGCUGAGCUCAAGAAGCAUAUUGAUGAGCAACGAGGUGGCCGUGGCUUGGAGCGAUUGCAGGCACUCUCCUGGAUGGGUCGAAUCAAAGCUCUUGGUUUUGCGUAUGUUUUGGCCUCCCAAGAGACGACUGUCGAAAACCUCCAUGGAGCGGGCGAGGGAGCCAAGUUUACCUCGCGAAGGUGA